AUGGACCCAAAGUAUCUGUUUGUUGUAUUGUUGGUUGCUGUUGGUUGUUUGGCCAAUUUGGCGGCCAACGAGUCCGGUUCUGACCUGGAUCUUGUUUGGGAGCAGAAAUCCCCAGAUUUGCACGAUUUUGCGAAAAAACAGCUGGACGACGAGGAAAACCCAGACGAAAGAGAGGGCAGUCCCGAGAAAUCCAAAGACGGCAAAGAUGACGGCCGUGUCAAGACGUCUGUGUUCACGUUCCAGGGAAAAGUCAAGAAAUACGUGUAUCUGGAGAACUCCAACGUUCCAGACGAAACAGUGCUUGUUCUGACCAAUAGAAACCAGGUGUAUGUCAGUCACGACCAGGGACUCGUUUGGGAACAGGUCGCCCCAGACGACGAGUUUCUGGAUAUCUAUCUUGAUCCGUACGACUCCUCCAACGUGUAUCUUUUAGCCGUUAACGACAAGAUUGUGUACUCACACGACCGCGCAGACAACUGGAAGUCUUUCCGAACGCCUAGCAAGGCCGUGCCGGGCAUCUCUGCGUUGUACUUCCAUCCGGAAAACAAGAAACGGCUGAUUUUCAUGGGUCAGGACGGGUGCAACGUGCCGUUUUCCAAAGCCUGUCGCACAGCCGCAUACCAUACAGUUUCUGCCGGUAAACGGUGGCUCAAGAUUCAGGAUAACGUUGAUAAGUGCCAGUUUUCCGAUAAGGACUGGAUUUUGUGCGAGAAGAGCUCAAACGAGGCCACCGGGUUCCGGCCAAGUCUUGUUGCGUCCCGUGAUUUGUUCAAAGACCAAACCCGCACGUUGUUGGAGAAUCUGGUGGAUCUGGCCCAUGUUCAAGGAUAUUGGGUGGCCACCACACAGAUGCCACACGACGAGCUAAAAGCACACCGUCCGGGGCCGUUUUCUUGCACGUGA